AUGCAGGUUCUGACGCGCCGCCUGGUUCUGUGCGCGCUCCUCAGCUCCGUUUACGCAACGUGCCCGCCGCGCUGCGAGUGCUCGGAGGCGGCUCAGACCGUCAAGUGCGUCUCCAAAGACCUGCGGGCCGUCCCCACCGGGAUCCCCGGGUACACCAAGAAUCUGUUCAUAACGGGGAACCAGAUCAGCCGAAUCGGCCCGGAGUCCUUCACAGGUCUGGAUCACGUGAGCACCCUGUCUCUGACCAACAACAGGAUUUCUGAGGUUGAAUCCCACUCCUUUGCUGGACUCACCCGCCUCCGGUCUUUGGAUCUGAGCAACAAUCAGUUGACUGUCAUUUACCCAGAAGCCUUCACCAUCCUAAACCAGUCCUUGCGUGAGCUCAACCUGAGCCGGGCCCUCUACAACCACUCUUCAGUGAUGGACUUGGCCACAGCUCUUCGCUGGAGUUCCUUGGGGACCCUGCAAGUCCUGGACCUGUCGGACAACAGCCUUGUCGAUCUUCCCCCUCGUGUCUUCUACCACCUGAGUGACCUUCGGAAGCUCCAGCUCUCCAACAACUCCCUGGUGGGUUUUUACAACUCCACCCUGUCUGGAUUGGAGCACCUGGAGGAGCUGGACCUGACGCUUAAUGCCUUCAAGACGCUCCGGGAGGAGGCCCUGCGAGAGCUGGACUCCCUGCCUGGAGCAACCGUCCUGCUGGGGGAAAACCCGUUCACGUGUACCUGUGGGAUUGAGCUGUUUGCUAUGUGGCUCAACAGGUCACAGGACCGGGUCAGAGAUUCUGAGAGCUUGCUGUGCACCUUCCCUGCCGGCCUGAGGAACACAUCCAUAUUGUCUGUGGGCUCUCUGACUCUGGGGUGCUACCACAGGGACGCAAGGGCAGAACUUGCCUUGCAGACCUCAUAUGUCUUCUUGGGGAUUGUCCUGGGCUUCAUCGGCCUCAUCUUCCUCUUUGUACUUUACCUCAACAGGAGGGGCAUCAAGAAGCGUGUGUAUGACAUGCGGGAUGCCUGCAGGGAGGUCUGGGAGGGCUACCAUUACCACUUUGAGGCCGACUCAGACCCUAGGUUAUCUCAGGUCUGUACCAAUGUUGAACAGUGAGAGGACCCUCCCACCUGGACCGGUUGGUUUUCUGUCUCCUGAUGCUUUAAUCAGCAGCUGAAGGUAAACUUGUCUGUACAUAUAGAACACAGUCCUUCCUCCUUCAGCCUUGCUGAGCAGAGCUUCUCGUUCAGAUGGAGAGCAGU